UGUCGCGAAAAGGAUUCAAUUAAACGCAGCCUCAACGAACAAACCACAGUCUCGAGGUAUGGCUAGCCAAUCCCCCGACAACACCGGGCCAGCGCUCGAAACGACGCCCCUACUCGCAGAGGACAGACCAACACAUCCGGAAGAUGGCCCCAGACUCGACUCGAGCGAGCGUGCUCUGUCCCCACCACGCGCCAGUGUUCGAGCGGCGCUGCUCGGCUCCUGGGUCUCGCUCGCGUUCGCACUCGCAACCGGCGUAUCCCACGCCGCCAUCUGGGUUAUGUUAUCAUACUCACCGCAUGGGUAUAACUUGCCCUGGGAGACCCGGGAAUCCCUAGGAUUCAUAUCAGGCGGGUCCCUCGUCGCGGUAGUUUUCUCGGGGCUCAAUCUAGGAUAUCUCCGCUACCGCGUGGUGCAGCUCCCACGGCUGCUUAACAUAGUCGUCGACGCGUGUCUCGUCCGCUACGUCGGGAUAUCCAGCACCGUGGCUAUUACCGACUUCGCCUCGAGCGGGGGCGGCUACUGCACCAUGGGGGAGUGCGAACCGUGGAAGCGCGUCUUCGAGCCGGUGGUGUGGCUCGGCAUAGCAUUUGGAUUGUUGCUUGGUAUCACCCACGCGUUCCUGCUCGUCCACCGGGCCCUCGAAGCGUAUCGGAUCUGGUCCUGGGGAGGGGCAGGGGUCUCCCGGUUGCGCAUUCCUGUAGGUCAGCUGACGUUUGAGUUCACCAUCAAGCUACUCAGAGACGCCCCGUAGGGGCAAAACAACAAACAAACAGAAGAAGGAAGUGAGGGCGGUCUCCGACGGUAUAUUGGAAAAGUACGUGGCUGCAUGCCUCCUUUAAGUUACCUUGAAAGCCGGAACGGCUUUCAUACUCUUCCCUUCUACGUGACCUCGCAUGUGCCGUGACUUUUCACCCCUUUUCAACAGGAGACCUGUCAGGACCGGGGUAGAGGUCGAGGAGAACAUACAGAAAGGGCACUUCAGCCCGAAGCGUGAGCAUUAAUUCAGCCCCUGUGUGGUCUCAAGCUCGCGGCGCGGAUGCUAGGGCACGAGUCAAUUUGCGAGGGAGGGGAUUGCUCUGGAAGACCCAAGGGGGGUAAAGAGGGAGUUCAACAGCGUGAAAGAUCGGAUGGAGGAAUACACGCUAUGAAUUGUAAGAUAAGACUUGACAUUAGGCUUUGGCUACGAAGUGGGUACAUAUACAGCAAUGCAAG